GUGACGCGUUCUCCACGCGACUCAGUGUGGAUUGUGUACAUGGUGCUACGCGCGCUGCAGGUUGAGCCGGGUCUAGCAGCCAAACACCUUGUCUUAAAUAGAAAGUACAUUCAUUCUCCAGGAGGUAGACAUGCAAGACCUGUAUCAGACAAGAGCUCAUUUCGCUCCGAGGUCUCAGUGAGGCUAACGAGGCAGUAACGCAGAUGUUCAGACUGUGUGUUACUCUGCUGAGUUCGCCACCAGAAGCGGAAGCAAAGACGAGGUCAGCUAAGUGGAGUAUGGAGGGAACGCUACGCCUGAAACAGUCAUUAGAGUCAUUGGACCAUAGCAUUGAAACUGAGUAUCGCACAUAGAUGACAAAAUAAAGUCCGCAUUAAGUACUGGUGCAUAUGAAGUGUCUGAUUCAGACCUGCCCUCCCCGCAGCUGUAAGGGUACCAACAACUCCAUGUUCUCAUGUGGCCCUCCAUCUGUCUCUCCCAGAUGCACCGAACACAGAGCUACCGGAACACAGCAAAAUACCUGAAGAGGAGGAAGGGGUUCAUGUCUUCAGUCAAGGGGGUUUCUCAUCUGUCCAGGCGAGCCAAGAGGCGCUUGUACUGUAAAUUACAGCUCUGGAUGUGGAGGAAGCGGAGAGAGAAAUGCCGUUUUGGGAUUUUCAGAGCAAAGAAAAGAACUUGUGGGAUCAGCUCCGGCUCUGGCCCCUGCCUCAGUUUAAAGGCACAAUCACAGGAAAAUAAAAGGAAAGGUCCAACACUCCGCAAACUACACCUAGAAAAUUCGCAAGCCAGAACUUCAGCUGUUGUGUCACCACUUGGGUGUGAUACUGAAGCUGCAGAGGACACGCUUAGAGGGCAGAAUUGCCCGCUGAAGCCACAUGAACCUGUUGGUCUGUCAGAAACGUUCAAUGCUUCCAGCUCUUUGCAGAACCAGGUUGCAGACACAAAUGUUGCUGCAGGUACCGUCACUCAAACCGUGCCGUCUCGAAGAUCAGAAACCUUUGAACAGUUUUGUGAAAUUGCAGAUCCUUCAAAAUGUUCUCACACUGUCACACACCCGCUGAGUACAGACAGUGGGGCAUAUGGGGGGAUUAUGAGGUUCAAGGUACCGAGGACACAAGUUGACUGCUCAUCAGGAGAUCACACUACUGUCACUCCAGGUCAGGACCAGGCUCCAGUCAGAGUUACUGAUGAGAGAUUCCCCGGUAAAAAGUCUUCUCAAACUGAUGUCAGCCUUAAAGCACUGACUAAGGACAUCCAAGAAUUCCUCGAUGACUUCUACAGAAUAUAUGGAAGCUUCAUCCCGCUACAAAAGAGCGAUGUGUUGAGACACCUGAAGAGGAAGUUCAACACUGAUUUCAAUGACAGCAAAAGUGUCAUCUUCUCAGAGGUUACCAAAUACAGAACUGCGCUCGUUCAGAAACCUGUUCCCUCCUUCCGGGUGGUCUACAAGAAACACACACUGACACUGGAUGAUUUGUCGACACUGGCAGAUCAGAAUUGGCUCAACGACCAGGUCAUGAACAUGUAUGGAGAAUUGAUUGUGGAAUCUGCUAAUCACAAGGUCCAUUUUCUCAACAGCUUCUUCCACCGGCAGCUUAUGACUAAAGGAUAUGAUGGUGUGAAGAGAUGGACAAAGCAGGUGGAUUUGUUUUCGAAGAGUUUGCUUUUGGUGCCCAUCCACCUGGAGGUUCACUGGUGUCUGGUGACUGCUGAUUUUCUCAAAAAGAAGAUCUGCCUUUAUGACUCUCAAGGAAACGCACUUCAGAAGGUUGCAAGGAACAUCCUGAAAUACUUGAUGACUGAAGCCAAGGAGAAGCAGCAAACAGCUUUCGAAAAUGGUUGGGCAGUGUCGUUCGAUGAGAAAAUCCCACAACAGACCAAUGAAAAUGACUGUGGAGUCUUUGUCUUAGAGUAUUCUAGAUGCCUUGCUCUAGCAAAACCUCUGCAGUUUUCACAGGAGGACAUACCAAAGAUACGUAAGAGGAUCUACAAAGAGCUCUGUGACUGCAAGCUCCAUGAAGAGGGCUGAGGAGUAUCUCACAGUUGUAUUUAUGUAUUUAUUGCUGAUAACUUGUGCUGGUUCCGAUUUCGGUGUGAAAUCAGCAGUCAACCCUCUCUCCAUGCAGGACUUCACUACCACCUCACAGCCUUACAGUACUGUGAGUUCAUAUGGGUGACCCUAGUAGGAGAUAGUCAGUUUUGUAUCAGGUGCACUGUUCAUGCUUAACCAUAAUCCUUGUAUUAUUACUGUAUUUAUUUAUAUGAUCAAUAUUUAAUCAGGCAUGUUGUUUGAUAAGAAAAAAAAUACCUUAUUGUACUUGGAGUUUAUACAUCUACAGUGCACCAACAGAGCCUUAUUGAAUUGACUGCCUGCUGAAAUGGAUCUAACCUGUCAUGGUCCAUGUGUGUAUUACUUAUUUACUGUUUAAAUUAUCUGUACAACUUAUUUGCACAUUUUUGAAGUCUUGUCUUGUCUUGCAUUGUCGACUUGUAGUUUGAGAUUUUUGCAUCAUAGUUCAGCUAUUAGCAGGUGAGUAGAGACUAGGCGAUUUUGUUUGUAAAGAAAGCUGUUGAACUGGGAUCAGUGUUCAAAUUAUCAUUUUUGUUUUUUGCGUAACAGAAAUACUGUAUGUAUAUAAAGUGUCAAAUAAAAGCAGGCAAUUUCCAAACA